AUUGUCAAAUGAGAAGGAAUUUAUAAAUUAUUGUAAAAUUUGUAAAUAGUUUUCACCUUGGUUUUGCUGGAACUAUCUGUUUAUUUUCUUGUAUAUUGUAUUUUGAUGAACUGUGUGAUAAUUAUUGGUUUUACAAACGCAACUCGUAUUGCCCGUGAUAUCAAAAAAUGUCUCAGAUGAAUGCAACCACCCUGAAUGGUGAGAAAACCAGUAUUCAUGACAUGUUGAAAGAAACACCACCAAAUGAAAAAAGAGCAAGUAAUGUAGCACCAGCAACUAAUUCUACUACGUAUUCGCGUUCCGUUCCUACUAACUUGUCCACAUACAGUGGUAGCAGUUCACCCACAAUUCUUAAUUCACCAACCCAAAAUGAUGAAUCAUCUCUACUCAAGGCAUCAUCUCGAAUAGAAAAUCUCAAGAACUGGUCUAUAUCCACAUACAAAUGUACCAAGCAAAUUAUGUUUGAAAAACUAGGGAAAUCUUCAAGAACAGUUGAUGCAGAAUUAGAAUCACAAAUAGAUCAGUUGAAAGAAACACAGAAGAAGUAUGUGACAAUAUUACGUUUGACCAGAAUUUUAACUAGUCAUUUUUAUCAGGUUGUACAGACCCAGCAUGCCUUGGGUGAGGCUUUUUCUGAUUUAGCUCAAAAAUCUCCUGAACUUCAAGAAGAAUUUUUAUACAAUGCAGAAACCCAAAGAAGCCUGACUAAAAAUGGUGAGACAUUACUAGGUGCACUGAAUUUUUUCAUCACAUCAGUGAACACUUUGUGUAAUAAAACAAUUGAAGACACCCUUCAGAGCAUUAGACAAUAUGAAGCAGCAAGGAUUGAGUAUGAUGCCUACAGAACUGAUUUGGAAUCCUUGUCUACAAAACCUGAUGGGUCUGUUGGAUUAGAGGAAGCACAACAGGGCUAUGAAAUUCAUAAAGAGCAUUUUAUGAAGUUGAGAGCUGAAGUUACCAUCAAAAUGAAGUUCUUGGAUGAAAACAGGAUCAAGGUAAUGCACAAGCAACUGCUCCUUUUCCAUAAUGCGAUAUCUGCCUAUUUUUCUGGGAAUCAGCAAGCCUUGGAAGCGACCCUCAAACAAUUCAAUAUAAAAGUUAAGACUCCAAGUUCUACAUUUCCCUCUUGGUUGGAACAGUAGGUAGAACGGAUCAAAAGUUGAGUCUCUUUGAGAAACAAAUCAUUGCGUUUUUCAUGCGUGAAACAUCAAAUAUCUAGUCAUUUUUUUAUAUAAGUUAUGCUUGUUUAACAGUUCCUGUUUCAAUUAUAUUCAGUAUUCGGAAGAAAUUCUAGUAACGUUUACUUAAAUACUGUUAUUUUUUUUGUGAAAAGACAUUUAUGCUUUGCUUUUGAUAUUUUUUUAAUUUUUAAAGAAACUUUAAUAUUUAUUUGUCAUGUUUCUAAUUUUCCUAAACAUUUCUUGGAUACUAAUCUAUAAAAAACAAUGGUGUUUGGUCACAAAUGAUAAUAGUCUGAACAUACAAUUCCAAAAACCACACACAAUAAAGCAACAACCAAUGUAGAAAAAAAAUAUAAUUCUUGUUCUGUAUACAUUCCAGAUUAGUAGUAUAAUAACAAAAUAUUAUAAUUUUUGUAUCUUCAAAGAUCCAAACGGAAAAAAGAAGCUGAAAUAAAUGUUUUAGCGGAAAUC